AUGGCUUCUCGUGGACUCCCCCGGGCCCUCCGCCUGACCCGUGUCGCUGCUCCUCGCUCCGUCGUCUCCGCCGCCCUCCCCCGACCCGCCCUGGCUAAGGCUGCUGCCAAUGCCAUCCCCCGCGUCUCCCUCCCUACCACCGCCGUCCGUGGCAUCAAGAACAUGUCCUUCGCCGGCCACAAGGAGACCGUCUACGAGCGUGGGGACUGGCCCCGUGAGAAGCUGCAGGAGUUCUUCAAGAACGACACCCUUGCCCUCAUCGGCUACGGCUCCCAGGGUCACGGUCAGGGUCUGAACCUGCGUGACCAGGGUCUCAACGUCAUCGUCGGUGUCCGCAAGGACGGUGCCUCGUGGAAGGAGGCCAUCCAGGACGGCUGGGUGCCCGGCAAGAACCUGUUCGACGUCAACAACGCCGUCGAGAAGGGUACCGUCAUCAUGAACCUGCUCUCCGACGCCGCCCAGAGUGAGACCUGGCCUACCCUGAAGCCCCUCAUCACCAAGGGCAAGACCCUCUACUUCUCCCACGGUUUCUCCCCCGUCUUCAAGGACCUCACCAAGGUCGAGGUCCCCACCGACGUCGACGUGAUCCUCGUCGCCCCCAAGGGUUCCGGCCGUACCGUCCGCACUCUCUUCCGUGAGGGCCGUGGUAUCAACUCCUCCAUUGCCGUCUACCAGGACGUCACCGGCCAGGCCAAGGAGAAGGCCAUCGCCAUGGGUGUUGCCGUCGGUUCCGGCUACCUCUACGAGACCACCUUCGAGAAGGAGGUCUACUCCGACCUGUACGGCGAGCGUGGCUGCCUGAUGGGCGGUAUCCACGGUAUGUUCCUCGCUCAGUACGAGGUUCUCCGUGAGCGCGGCCACACCCCCUCCGAAGCUUUCAACGAGACCGUCGAGGAGGCCACCCAGUCCCUGUACCCUCUGAUCGGAGGCAACGGUAUGGACUGGAUGUACGCUGCCUGCUCCACCACCGCCCGUCGCGGUGCCAUCGACUGGUCCGGCCGCUUCAAGGACAACCUGAAGCCCCUCUUCAACGAGCUCUACGACAGCGUCCGUGACGGCACCGAGACCAAGCGUUCGCUCGAGUACAACUCGCAGAAGGACUACCGUGAGAAGUACGAGAAGGAGAUGCAGGAGAUCCGUGAUCUCGAGAUCUGGCGUGCCGGCAAGGCCGUUCGCUCCCUCCGUCCCGAGAACCAGAAAUAA